GUUAUUGACUGAUUAUUUUGCGCAAACUCUGUGAACUGCGCAAACUAGACCAUCACACACGUCGAUUGGGUGGGUGUAAUAAUUAUUUUUUCACAGUCGAUUCAUCGAGCUUCAGCAAUCCCUCUGAAAAUAUCCACGAAAUAAGGGUGGAAGGAUCAGGCAUCCUGAGCCAAAAAAAAACCCCAUUAUCACUAAAAAUUAAUUCAUCAUAACGACAUGGCCUCUGAAGGUGGUUUAGCACCAGAUGCCGGUGGUGCUGGUGAUGGUAUUGUUGGGGGUCCUAGGACACCUCAACAAAUUGCUUCACAAAAAAGAUUGCAACAGACGCAGGCGCAAGUUGAUGAGGUUGUCGACAUUAUGAAAACUAAUGUCGAAAAAGUACUUGAACGUGAUCAAAAAUUAUCGGAACUUGAUGAUCGAGCUGAUGCACUUCAGCAAGGAGCAUCACAAUUUGAACAACAAGCAGGAAAAUUAAAAAGGAAAUUUUGGCUGCAAAAUUUAAAGAUGAUGAUUAUUAUGGGUGUCAUUGCGCUUAUCAUACUAGCCAUCAUUGUUGGUAAAUUUAUGCCAGAUAAUCCACCUCCUCAAGGACCAUACAUGUAUGGUCCACCACAAGGAAUGAUGAUACCCCAACAACCAGCACCAGCAGCAGCAGCACCAGCUGGUAGCGCUCAACAAACAGCACCAGCAGCAUUUGUUGGCUCAAUUAAUCAAGGAAUUUUACGCAGUGUUAUGUAAAAUAAACAAACAAUAUGAAAAUUUAAUUUUCAACAAUAAAAAAAACACAAAAAAUAUCAUCAUCUUUUGCCUUGUUUAAUAAAUAAAAAAAAAAAUAAUAAUAGAUAAUGAUAAAUGCAACAAAAACCAAGGAAAAAGAACAACAAUAAACAAAAAAAAAAAUUAACAACAAGAUUUAUUUAUUACAAAUUAAUAAAAAUAAUUAAAAAUUAAAUUUUCGUUCAAUUUUAAAAACAAAAAUAUAAUAAUUAUAUUUAAAAAAAAAAUCAUAAUUAUUAUGAUUAUGUAAAUGAUGCAUAUGUAAAUUAGAUAAUUAUAUUGUGUGCUCAGUACCCGGUCAACAAUGCACUUGUUUAAUGCCCGUUAGAAAAUUAUAAAUUAAUUUUAAAAAAUUAUAAAAUAAAAAACAAUUAUUUAAAGAAAUAAAUAUGUAUGGUAAUAAUAAUAUAUAAGCAUUCUACUAAUCUGUGCUAAUUAAACAUACAAUAUCAUGAAAAUAAAAAAAAAAAAAACAAUUGAUAAUUCGUGUUGUAAAUAAAUAAUUUAAAUAUUAUCGUAAUGAUAAAAUUUAAAGUUUUUUGAAUGAUGAAAAGUAUUAAAUACGAAAGUUAUUUAUUAUCUGAAAAGUUAAUAUUAAAUGUGUUUUAUUAUCAUUAAUAAUUAUUCGUACAUUUUAACAUUGUAUUUAAUUAACAAAAAGUAAAAUUUUAAAUUUUCAAUUUUCCUUUUUUCAAAUACUUAACUAAAAAAAUAAUAUAUUAUUGUCUUGUUUUUAAUUGAAUAUUUAAUUAUUUUAUUUUAAUUGUUUAAUUUUCAAUUUAUGUAAAAUGUAAAGUAAUUAAAGCUUCAUACUUAACUAAAAAAAUAA